UAGAGUUUUAGCUGGCGUCUGAGUUUAGCCGGUGACUAUUGACAACGGUGGGAGAUAGAGAGACUCAUGAAGAGGCUAGUAAGUAGGCAAUCAAGGGUGGUUCAACCUUUUCGUGUUGUGUUUUCUUGUUUACAGUUGUGGCUGGUUUUGGUUCUGGGAUUUACUAGUGCAUUACAGUAUCAUGGAGAAUGUGAAAACCAGAAAGCAUUGGAUCCCAGGCCUCACAGUGUGUCGCUUUUGGAGUUUGGGGCAGUCGGAGAUGGGAAAACAUUGAACACGGUAGCUUUCCAAAAUGCUGUUUUCUAUGUCAAGUCAUUUGCUGAUAAGGGUGGUGCUCAGCUCUAUGUUCCGCCUGGCCGGUGGCUCACUGGGAGCUUUAACCUCACCAGCCACCUCACGCUUUUCCUUGAGACCGAUGCGACUAUUCUUGGAUCACAGGACUACACUCACUGGGGAAUAGAGAAACCCCUGCCUUCUUAUGGUCGCGGGAUUGAUUUGCCAGGUUGGAGAUAUCGCAGCUUGAUCAACGGAGAUGAUCUACAUGAUGUGGUUUUAACAGGUGGUAAUGGAACUAUAGAUGGACAGGGUUCAGUGUGGUGGGAGCAGUUCAGCUCUCAUUCCUUGAAUUACAGCAGACCACAUCUUGUGGAAUUUACCAGAUGUGACAAUGUGGUUAUUUCGAAUCUGACUUUUCUGAAUCCCCCUGCUUGGAACAUUCAUCCUACAUAUUGCAGGUAUGUGAAAGUCCAGAACAUAACUCUUCAUGCUUCUCCUGCAUCUCCAUAUACUAGUGGUAUAGUCCCAGAUUCAUCUGAGCAUGUUUGCAUUGAGAACUGCAACAUUAGCAUGGGCCAUGAUGCAAUUUCUCUUAAGAGUGGUUGGGAUGAGUAUGGAAUAGCCUAUGGCAAAUCGACCAAAAAUGUCCACAUCCGGGGCGUCAACCUUCAAUCUUCUUUAGGCUCCGGCCUAGCAUUUGGGAGUGAGAUGUCUGGAGGCAUAUUGAACGUACUAGUAGAACGACUUCAGCUGUCUAACUCAUUUAUUGGCAUUGCACUCAAGACAACUAAAGGAAGAGGAGGAUAUAUGAAAGACAUAGUAAUAUCCAAUGUAGAAAUGGAUAACAUUCACACAGCAAUUCAAGUUACUGGGCAGAGUGGCUCUCAUCCUGAUGAUAAGUUUGACCCUGCUCAACUUCCAUUCAUUAAAGGAAUCACCUUUGACAACAUGGUUGGCAGAAACAUUACUUUUGCUGGGAAUUUUUCUGGAAUCUACGAAUCGCCUUUCACGUCUAUUUGUCUCUCAAACGUGUCAUUCUACAUGACUUGGAAUUCUUCUAGCUCAUGGUUCUGUCGCAAUGUGAAGGGGUUUUCCCAGCAGGUUUCUCCAGAACCAUGUUCAGACCUCAAGGACUCAUCUUUUAAUGCUUCCUCAUCUUGCUUGUUUUCUUUAUACACUUAUAAUUCUGAUACAGAUUUUUGAGAUACCGAAAAAGAAAGGGGGAAAAAAUCAUCUAUUCUGUACAUCAGAGAUACAAGAACUAGCUUGCACUUAUACAUUGAUUUUACAAAAUAAAUCUCCAUUUUUUACAAACAAGCAUGAUCGACCGGUACCGUCCCAUGAGAUUAAUCUUCUGCAUUGCUGUUGCAUCUUGUUAGUAUAUAUCUCAUGUAUUACAGUAUUACUACCCCAUUUCUCCUGAUUUGUGUACAAGGAAAUUUUGCAGAUAGAACUUUGCUUCAAUUGUUUUGCAAAUUUACAAUGUAACUACAUUGAUGUAAUUUGUGAUCGCUCCCCAGAUCAAUCAAUGAUAUUCAUUUGGCACUUUAUAGUUAUUGAAAGUGAGUUGUUCCUUACCUUCUCUUCCAUUUUCACAAAUCUAUACCUAUCCAUUUUUGCUUAAGUGAAAUUUUACCAAAUGUUAAAAUUAUGAAGUUGGGUAAUGAAUAGACCCCUCUGCAUUGUAUACCACUAUCAUUUCUGGCUUGAUGUCCGCGGCUGCUACUGUAGAAGGAUCAUAUGUCAUUGUUAAAUAUUCAGUUUGGU